AUGUCUGCCGAUAUCUACGACGAACGCCCUUCCGGCUACAGCGCCAGCGCUCGACGCCAUUCAGUAGCAACGCCUCCGCCCUCAAUGUCUCCUCAUCAGAGCCGUGUUCGAAGCCAGAGCGUCAGAGUCAGCAACGGCACCGUCAGCACAAACACCAGUGUGUCGAGUGGGAGGAUGUCAGAAGCAACCAAUAUCACCCAGCCGCCAUCGUAUUCGAAAAAGUUUGUAGUGGUGGGAGAUGGAGGCUGUGGAAAGACAUGUCUCUUGAUUAGCUACUCGCAGGGCUAUUUCCCAGAGAAAUACGUUCCCACCGUUUUCGAAAACUACAUCACACAGACCACCCACCGUCCUUCUGGAAAGACGGUCGAACUCGCGCUCUGGGAUACUGCAGGCCAGGAAGAGUAUGAUCGAUUGCGUCCGCUCUCAUAUCCCGAAACGGACCUUCUUUUUGUGUGCUUCGCCAUCGACUGCCCGGUCUCCCUUGAGAAUGUUUUGGACAAGGGAUCAACAACUAAGUUUCGGAACCAGUGGUACCCCGAGGUGCUCCAUUUCUGCCCCACCACUCCCCUUAUUCUUGUCGGCCUCAAGUCGGAUCUCCGCACCAAGCGUACCUGUAUCGAACUCCUCAAAACUCAGGGUCUGACCCCGGUGACGCCUGAGCAAGGCCGGGCGGUCGCUCAACGCAUGGGAGCGAAAUACGUGGAGUGCAGCAGUAAGGAAAUGCGUGGUGUGGACGAAGUCUUCCAACUGGCCGUCAACACCGCUGUCGGUGUCGAGGAAGGCUGGAACAGCGGCUAUGUCAGUAACGGAAGCCCCAGUGGCGGUGGUGCCAGCAGCGGUGGUGGAAGGAAGAAGAUCAAGAAGCGCACUUGCAAGAUUCUGUAA